UGACCCUCCAUAGCUGUCCUGUACUCACAAUUUCUCACUCUGGAGAGGAAUUUGCAGGACUAGUCAUGAAUUAUAAACUGCUGCUGAUCCUACUACCCAGCCUCUUACUUCUAGCUGAAUGUGAUGUCAAACAAAGACCAGAAAAGACAGCAGACAAAAAGUUGGCAAAACAAGCAGCCCUUGGGGUGUCAACUAAAUCUACAACAAAGAAGCUUAAGCAAGACCCCAUCAAACGUCAGCCCAAGACUAAACCUGCCACUCCUUCCUCUCAGGGCCAAAAUGUAGGGUCCAUUCUGUCUCAAGUUCUCCAGACAGGAAGGUUUCAACCAGUUGGUGACACAUUGACAGUUAAAGCUGGUCAAAAUCUGGAUCUCCGCUGCAAAGGCACCUCUGUACGCUGGAACUAUCCUCAUUACUUGCAUGAGGAUGAUGAGGGAAGGUUAAAGAUAAAACACUUUGGACGUUACAGUCAGCUCAUCCUGGUUAACACCUCAGCAGCCGACACAGGGGAAUUCAGUUGUGGAGGUUACCAGUGCAGUGGACAUGACUGCCAUGACGGAGAAGAGAAAACCGGCAAGACCUAUGUGUUUGUCACAGAUCCUCAGGAACUCUUUGUCCCGACAGAGGACUAUUAUGUGGUUGUCCAGCUCCGAACACGACAACCAGCAUUACUUCCAUGCCAGGUCACUAACCCACUAGCCAAGGUCACUCUGAAUAGAGAGUUCCCACCAGAACAGAUCCCUGUGGAUGGCGUGAAGAUUGCUUUUGACCUGAAGAAGGGAUUCGUCAUAUACCAACCACAUCCAUCUCUUGCAGGAUCGUUGUUCUGCAUUGCAGAGCAUGGAAAUCUUCGACAGAUGUCAACUAAGUACAUGCUGAUAUAUGUGCACUACCCAUCAGCCCCUCCUAAACCCACCAUUGAAGCAUCAGUGAAGUCAGUACAUGCAGGAGAAAAUUUUGUUCUCACGUGUACGGUUCUAGGUGAACUGGAGAUCAGUGUGGAGUUUACCUGGGAAUAUCCAGGACAACAGAUUGGUAGACCUCCUUAUGUCCGAGAGAACGUUUCACAGACAAGACGUGGAGGACAGCUAAUGCAGCAGUCCCAAAGUAUUUUGUAUAUCGAUGAAGCUCGUGCUUUGGAUGAUGGUAUUUAUACCUGUACAGCUCAAAACUUACAGGGCAGCUCAUCUGUAACCACAAGGGUUACCGUCCUCCCACCAACGUCCACUACCAGAGUAAGAAACCAGGGAUGACAUCUAGAUUUUUGUGUGUAUGGGGUUUUAUGUUUAAAUGAUGAUAUCACCAAACCACAUUAAAGAAAAAUACUAAAUUGUACUUGUCUUAAAUAUUUUUUCAAAGGCUGG